CGAGCCGGCUGUAAGCCGCAGCUCAAGUCGAGUCGGUUUCGCAGCGGCGCAUUUGACGUGGCCAGCAGUACUAUCGUACUAUUGCCUACUGCAACCUUUGCUCAAGUGCUGACGGUACGCGGUUUUCUGUGUGCGCUUCGCGUCUUCCUCAAUGCGCCGUGAGGAACUGUAUUAAUAUUGAUUUAGCUGUAGCAUCAACUCACGUAGAAUGGCUAAGCUGCUGGGAACAGUGUUUCUCUUUGAUGUGGACGGAACAUUGACUAAGAGCAGGCAAGUGAUCACCAACGAAAUGUCCGAGUUUCUCCAAAGACUGAAGCGUGAUGUCGCCGUCGCUCUUGUCGGUGGUUCGGACCUGGUGAAGAUAGAAGAGCAAAUGGGAGGUCCAGGUGCCGUAGCCGAGUUUGAAUACGUGUUUUCGGAAAACGGCUUGGUCGCCCACAGGAACGGUAAACUGAUCGGCAAGCAGAGCCUGCUUAACUUCAUGGGAGAGGAGAAGCUGCAGAAACUGAUAAACUUCUGCCUCCGCUACGUGGCCGACUUGACUUUGCCCCAGAAGCGCGGAACUUUCGUCGAGUUUCGAUCGGGCAUGCUCAAUGUGUCGCCAAUUGGCCGCAAUUGCAGCCUCAGCGAACGAAAUGCCUUCGAAAUGUACGACAAAGAACAUGGCAUCAGAACGAAAUUCGUGAAGGCUUUGCGAGAAAACUUUGCCGAUUACAACCUGCAGUACUCCAUCGGAGGACAGAUCAGCUUCGACGUUUUCCCGCGCGGUUGGGACAAGACUUAUUGCCUUGACCAACUUGUUCGAGAUGGCUACAAGGUUAUACACUUCUUUGGCGAUAAAACCGACGAGGGUGGUAAUGACUAUGAAAUUUACGAAGACCCCAGGACCGUGGGACACUCUGUGAAAUCUCCAGAAGACACCAUGGUGGAAGUAGAGAAAACACUGUCAUCUAUGAAGACGUCGGCGUAGGCAUUAAGGCGCUGCGUGUUUCAGGCUGAAAAAGAGAAAAUUAAUUUUUGUCGUGACAGACUUCAGGAGAAACGCUGUGAUUGCAUUUUAAUUCCAUGUUGCACUGCUAGCUAACAAUUUCAAACCAGCCUAAUUAAUAGCAUUUUGUUACUCGUAUGUUAUAACCCUGCAAUUGUAUGUUUAUUAUAACCCUCAGCGCUCGACCUGUCCUUUCUUUACUUGCCCUCCUAAGUCUUUAUUUUCCCUUUGGCACAACAAUGUAUUCUUUUGAUUCAGGGAUCGAUGUUCUUUUCCAAAUAAAGUUCUGUGAAGUGUGCAAUGAUACAUAACUGCUACCAUUGCGUUUUCACGUUUGUUGAAUGCAAAAACUCGCCACUCUGGUCGGCUAUGUAGCGUCUGCCGUGUGAUUGCUAAUUUACGCUUGCAAAGCAAAAAAUAAUUAUAGCAUAAACUGCUUCAAUAUAUAUAUAUCUAUAUAUAUAUAUAUGUUUGUGUGUGUGUGUCUUUAUGAAAGGCCGCCGUUCCUGCGACCCGGUCGACGGAGUGGAAAGGGGGGGUAAGCGUUAUAGUGCCCUGGUCGUUCGAACGCUUAGGGCCCAAAAGCGUUAGGUUCACCCAAAUAGACGCUAAAUAAUGGUUUGGCUUGGCUCCGUAUAUUAUUUUUAAAUAGGUGGCGCUAAAGCGAUGAACGCUACGAGAGCCCUGAAUCGGUGCUUCCGUUCUGCCCGUGCGGUCUUCGCCUGUGUCCGUGGCUGUAGAGAAGUGAUUGUAGCUGUUUGAUGUCGUUCAAUGUGAGAGCUUGUGGCGAAGUGAUUGAGUAUGGCCGUAGUGGUUCUGCCCAUGUAGUGUUUUGCGGACUUCACCUGUGCCUGUGACUGAUCGUGUUGCUCAAUAGCUUUGUGGAAAGCGACGUGGCUUGUGUGGAUGUCAUCGCAGCUUUUGCCAGCUCCUGGGUGGCCCCUGUGCCAUUUAUUGAUGGCGUUGCCCAGUAGCUUUGUGGAAGUUGAUGUACCUUGUGUGGAUUUCGUUGCCGCUUAUGACUGCCUUAAUUAUAGGUGGUCACGCUGCCUUUUGAAGCGCGUCCGAGCGCGAGAAACUUCACCGAUUUUUUUGUAAACAACGUGGACGUCUCGAAAUGUUAGCUAGAAAUCAACUAGCAGCAAGCCAAGUUUGUAUUUUGUGGUUUUUCGAGCUUAUGCUCAUGCGAGCAGCAGAAGAACAAAAGGUCCGUUACAUAUGUCAGUUCCAUAAAAUCAGCUUUGCCGCAAUAGUCAUGAUAUGCGGUGAAGCAUACGUAAUGUAUUGCGGUAAAGUAUAUAAGAAGGUAGGCAGGGACCACUGCGUUACUGGGGCGAUUUUCUUGUAUUAUGGUCAUGGCCGUGCACGAACAAGGAAAAAUCACGGUCGAUGCGCAUGGCACAAACCUUGCCAAAGCUUCAAUUGAAAAAAAAAAAAAAAAAGAAAACGAAUUGGAGUGGGUGAUGCCAAAAACAAAGCCUUGACUUUUGUAUUAUCAAAGCAGUUCCGAGAAUAGUCAAUCAUAUUCCAAGCUCCUGCAUUAUUUGAUUGCUUAAAGUAUAUGCAUAUAUUGUGCACCAGCCUUAGCACCAAUUCUAAUGUACUUUAAUGAUGGAAGUUUAAUAACACGUGGCAAAUAUAUAAUUUGUGCUGUAUGGUGUUGUGCUGUUUAUAAGCUGCUGCUUUCAUGUGGUAAUGUGUACAUUGGCUGGAAGAGUUGAUGCAUCCUCCUUAUAGAACUCAGUGAAAGGUGAACCACCUGUCAAGCCAUCAUUGUUCUUGCGGUUGUACACCAGAUUUCACAAACAUGGGGAUAGUUGUGAUAUAGAAAGAGUAGCUAAGGUUUAACAUAUCCACAUGCAUGCACAGGAGUGCGGGAGUCGACCAUCUAUCUCUCUAACUCAGGUUGAAUGUGCAUACUUGAGUAACGUGCAACGCUUGUUUGGUGUCAGGUUUCUUUUAUUGUUAGCCUAGUUUGUGUGUUUCUCCCAUUUGUAGGUUUUAGUGUGUGUUGCUGUGUAUGUAUAUAAUUGCUUCCAGAGUGGCUUUCUUGUUGCUAAUAAAUUUAGAGAAGGCAG